CUCUGCAUGCAUGCACUCGUGCCCGACGGUGAAGUUACCGAAUCACCUCAACAAUGAAACCCCGAUCACGCUCCGCGACAGCCGCAAGGAUAAGGUGGUGGUGGUGGUCGGCGCCACCGGCGCCGGAAAAUCGCGGCUCUCCAUCGACCUGGCCACCCGCUUCAACGGCGAGGUGAUCAACUCCGACAAAAUCCAGGUCUACAAGGGCCUCGACGUAAUCGCCAACAAGGUCGCCGCCGACGAGCGCCGCGGUGUGCCCCACCACCUCCUCGGCUUCGUCGACCCCGACGACGACUUCACGGCCGACGACUUCGUCCGCCACGCCUCCCUCGCGGCGGCGAGCAUCGCCAGCCGCGGCCGCCUCCCGAUCGUGGCCGGCGGCUCACUCUCCUUCGUCAAGGCCCUCGCCCUCGGCCGCGCCGGCGCCUGCGAAUUCCACUUCCUUUGGGUAGACGUGGCGAUGCGCGUGCUGCGCACGGUGCUCUCGAGGAGGGUGGACAAGAUGGUGGAGCUCGGGCUGGUGGAGGAGGCGCGUGGGUUCUACGCUCCCGGUGGGGACUACGGCCGCGGGAUACGGCGGGCGGUGGGGGUGCCGGAGCUGGACGAGUUUUUUAGGACCGAGGCCGAGGGCGUCGCCGACGACGGAAGCCGGGAAGAGCUUCUUGCGGCGGCGAUUGAUGAGAUCAAAGCAAACACUCACGAGUUAGCGUAUCGUCAAGUUGAGAAGAUUAUGAGGCUGCCGGAGGAUUUGGGGGUGGAGUUGCUCCGCCUCGACGCGACGACGGUGUUUGAGGCCAACAAUGAGGAUGCGGCGGAGGAGUGGAAGAAAGUGGUGUUGGAGCCGAGCACGAAGGCUUUGAGUCGUUUUCUUUGA